CUCUGUUUCUUUUAACUCGGUGAAGACGGUGUAAAAAGAGAGUACGCAACCGAGGAAAGGGUUAUGGAGUAUGCAUCUCAACAGGAAUUCUUUAUUCGAAAAGGAAUACCCUAGUGCAUGUGUGCCAUGAAGAUUGAUGCUCCUUUACCCCCAUCUACUAAACGCAGUUAAAUACCGAAGAUUCAACAAAAAUGCAAUCCUCUUCAAUACCCAGUAUCCAAAAUCUCUCCUAAAUUCAAAACCCUCAGCCUAAUCAGUGAGAUUCUUAAAAGUGUUUAAAAACAAGUAUGGUCAAUUCAAAGAUGCCCCGUAGAAGAGUUGCAUUUGUGUUGAUCGAUGGAUUGGGAGAUGUUUCAAUUCCAAGAUUUGGAUACAAAACUCCUCUAGAAGCUGCAAAAGUGCCAAACUUGGAUGCCAUUGCUUCUGCUGGAGUCAAUGGUCUUAUGGAUCCAGUUGAAGUAGGUUUAGGCUGUGGAAGUGACACUGCUCAUCUUUCUCUAAUGGGUUAUGACCCUCGAGUCUAUUACCGUGGUCGAGGCGCCUUUGAGUCCAUGGGUGCUGGUUUGGCCAUGUCACCAGGAGAUAUUGCUUUCAAGUCAAACUUUGCAACUCUAGAUGAGAAAACGGGAGUAGUCACUAGCAGAAGGGCUGACAGGCACUUUGAAGAAGAAGGCCCCAUCUUGUGUGCAGCACUUGAUAAAAUGAAGCUGCCAUCUUUUCCUGAAUAUGAAGUCAGAGUCAGGUAUGCAACAGAGCACAGAUGUGGGGUUGUGGUGAAAGGACCAAAACUAAGUGGGAAUAUAUCAGGAACAGAUCCAUUGAAGGAUAAGCGUUUGCUUUUACAAGCACAAGCUCUUGAUGAUACAGAAGAAGCAAAACAUACUGCAACAGUUAUCAAUGAAUUAUCAAAAGAAAUUUCUAAAAUCUUAGUUGCUCAUCCCUUGAAUGAAAAACGUGCUGCUCAAGGAAAGAACAUUGCCAAUAUUGUCCUUUUACGAGGCUGUGGCAUUAGGAUCGAGGUUCCUGCAUUUGAGAAGAAUCACGGACUAAGACCAUGCAUGGUGGCCCCCACGAAAAUCAUAGCUGGGCUUGGGUUAUCUCUGGGUAUAGACAUUCUAGAAGCUUCCGGAGCCACGGGAGAUUACCGAACCUUAUUGACAUCAAAAGCAAUGGCGAUAGCAAACGCGUUAUCGGCUCCUACAAAGUCUUGCCCGAAUGUUUUUGUGCCAGGGGAAGAUGAACACAAGCCUGGUCCAUCUGAUGGCUAUGAUUUUGGAUUCCUUCAUAUAAAGGCAAUAGAUGAUGCGGGGCAUGAUAAAGCAAGUGUGUUUAAAGUGAAAGGGUUGGAAGCUGUUGACAAAGCAAUAGGUCAGCUUGCAAGGCUUCUUUGGGAGGCAGAGUCAAGUGGUGAAUUCCAGUUUUCAGUGUGUGUCACCGGAGACCAUUCUACUCCGGUUGAAUAUGGGGAUCAUAGCUUUGAGCCAGUUCCAUUUACAUUAUGUCGGUUGAAAGAUUAUGUGGGAGCAGUUGGUGGUGAAUCCGUGGUUUUACAAACUUCUCUUGAUACGUUUCCACUUCCGGUUAUUAAAUCCGGUGAAGAUUUGUCAGAUGAUAUGGUGGUGGUGGAAGAAGAGGAACGGAAUCGUGCGUUCUCCGGCGAUUCGGUUUGGAAGUUGGACGAGAUGGCGGUGGCAAGGGGUUGUCUUGGGCGGUUUCCGGGAAGUGAGAUGAUGGGAAUUAUAAAGAAGUUUGUUGAACUUGAUUUAUGAUAUUGAGCUUCAAGAAUAACAAUUGUAGGAUGAUUAAAAUGGUCUUUGAGUUAUAUGCUUUAUUUACUGUUUUCUUUUCAAUGGGUGAUGCAAUUGUAAUCGUGUUUAUAAGCUAUGCCAAGCUUUUAUGCUUUCCAAUUUUUAGAUAAAGAAAUCCAGACACCA